AUGUUGAGUGCACUGACCCAGAACCAGGUCCACCCACUCCUGAGCUCCCUGCCCCUCCCGGGUCGACCCCUUCAGGCGCAGACUCAUCCCCAGCUGGAGCGCUUCCUGCCUCUCAGGGUCAAUGGCUCCUCACCACUCAGCCUCUUCCCCAAUUUCAAUGCUAUGGACCCAGUUCAGAAAGCGGUGAUCAACCACACAUUCGGCGUGGUUCAGCUGAAGAAGAAGCCCAUCAUAUCGUGUAACAUCUGCCACCUGCGCUUCAACUCCACUACUCAGGCAGAGGCUCACUACAAAGGUCACAAGCAUGCUCGAAAGCUAAAGGCCCUGGAGAACCAGAAGAACCGGCAGAAGAACAGACACAGUCAGGCCUCUGUGGGAAAAAAGAGAGACAGUGAAGGAGGCAUGAUGGGAGAAGCAACGACACCAACAGACUUGCAGCUAAAAGACAAAACGG